UGUCUUAUUGUAAUAUUUUGUGAGUCUUAUACAAGUAAAUUGUUUACUUAUUUUGUCUCCAACAAGUCUAUAUUAGAGUUGUGUACUCUAAUUUGCUCAACAGUUUUAACUAUAUAAACUAAGUUUUUUUUAUAUUAGUUCUUUGAAGAGAGAGAUCAUAGCAAUGCUAGAAGUGAAGGAAGAGGAAGCCAUACUACAAGGCCAAGUUGACAUUUUGCGGUACACGUACAAUUUUGUUGAGAGCAUGGCCUUGAAGUGUGCUGUGGAGCUUGGCAUUGCAGACAUCAUAAACUCUCAUGGCCAAGGCCAACCCAUUACCUUAUCUCAAAUUGCACCACAAAUUGCCUCGCCUUCAACCGACCUUGAUCUCCUCUCACGUCUCAUGAGAUUUUUGGUCCACAUGAACCUCUUCGAGGCAACCAUUGAUCCAAAAACAGGUGACGCCCUCUACGGCCUCACAAGUUCAUCCAAGUGGCUUUUAAGCAAUGAGGAGCAAAGCCUGGCCCCUCUAGUGCUCAUGGCCAAUCAACCCCAUCACUUAGCCUCCUGGCAUUACCUAAGCCAAUGCAUAAAGGAAGGUGGAUGUGGGUUCCAGAAAGCAAAUGGGUUUAGCUUAUAUGAUAUCCCAAGUGAGAAAUCUGAAUUGGGAAAUUACUUCAAAGAGGGUAUGGCAUGCACGUCUAGAAUUGUCAUGAAAGCAAUCUUGUCGACUUAUAAACAAGGGUUUGAUGGCGUGGGAUUGAUUGUUGAUGUUGGAGGAGGUCUAGGCACGGCUGUGGCUGAGAUUGUGAAGGCUCAUCCACAUAUAAGAGGUAUCAAUUUUGACCUAGAGGACGUGGUGGCUAGGGCACCAAAGUACCCUGGUGUGAUCCAUGUGGGUGGUGACAUGUUUGAUGUCAUUCCAAAGGCUGAGGCCAUUUUCAUGAAGUGGAUACUUCACAAUUGGAAUGAUGAGAAAUGCAUUAAAAUUCUGAAGAAUUGUCGCAAAGCUAUCCCUGAGAAAAUUGGGAAGUUGGUUAUAGUAGAUGGGGUUCUUCUUCCAGAUAAUGGACUGUGGGACUCUUUUGUUCAAAGGUACGACCUGACGAUGAUGGUACAAACAAUAAAUGGGAAGGAGAGAAGUGAAGUUGAAUGGAAGAAGCUUCUGAGGGAAGGAGGAUUUGGUCGCUAUAAGAUCAUCAAAAUCCCAAGCUUUCUAUCAAUCAUAGAAGCUUACCCUGAAUGAAUUGCAUCAAUG